AUGGAGAAGUUCGUGUGGAGAAACCUAGUGACUCGGUUCGGGCUGCCCAAGGCCAUUAUUACGGAUAACGGACCUCAGUUCGCUGGCAGGAGGUUCAGGGAGUUCUGCGCAAGUCAUGACAUCCAACUAAGGUUCAGCUCGGUGGCACACCCUCAGACAAACGGACUGGCAGAGGUGACCAAUCGAUCCAUCUUGGACGGACUCAAAAGAAGGGUGUCCGCGGCCCGAUCAGCCUGGACCGACGAACUCCUUAGCGUCCUAUGGUCAUUACACACCACUCCCAAGACAGCAACUGGAGAGUCCCCGUACAGCCUGACGUUCGGAACCGAAGCUGUCCUUCCACCCGAGAUGACUAUCUCCACCCUCCGGACGAGGAGCUUCGUCGAGAAAGUUUCAAACGAGGGACUUCGCGCCAACCUCGACAUGCUCGAGAAACGACGUGCGAACGCGCACCUGAAGACCCUCUCUUACUAG